AUGUUUCGCCUCGGGCAGGACUCGAAGCUUCUCGGCGCCGGUCACGUUGUCCUCAAUGUUCUGCGGGCUUUCAACAUGAUCGGGCUGGCUGCCGCCAUGGUGGCCAGCAUGGUCAUGCCCGUUCUCUCAGGCAUCAACGGCCACUUUUACUUUUUCGACAUGAUCACUCACGUCUUCGUCUUCUUUUUCGCCACCUUCCUCUUCGUCUCGGAACUGCCGGUGCCUUGGAGGAAACUCAAGGGGUACUACGAAAGGAACUGGCCGGUGCUUGGUCCGGACCACUCGCUCGCGUGGCUUGGCUGGGGCAUGGUAUUCAUCGGCUUCCAAAUCCUGGGUGAUGCCUGGAAGCCGGCGUACACGGUCGAGACCAUCGGGCUGGACUGGUGGCGCGCCAUCCUCGCCGCGGCCAUUCUCUCGGUCACCUUUGGCUUCUUCAACAUUUGCGCCUCCAUCAUCUUCCGGACCUCUAUCGACGGACUCCGCGGAGAGGUAGUUAAGGUCACCUCGCGCCAGAUCCGCACCCACGGCAACCUCUCUCUCCAGAACGCUGCCAACAAAAACGACGACAUCGAGCACAGCUUCUCGUCCCACUACUCCUCACCGCACCGCGACAACUGGUCGGCCCAGAGCUGGUCCAAGGAGGAAGAGGCCGUGGGGCCGUCAUCGGCCGUCAAGCGCCUCACGCGCGCCUUCAACCCCCGCAACUUUAACUUCCGCAAGUCGCGCAUCCAGAUCAGCAAACCCAUCCCGCAGAAUACGGCGGAUGACGUCGAGCGCGGCCACUCCAGCCACAGCCGCGGCGACAGCUUCGAUGACAACCUGAACGGCCACGGCGAGGACCGUGGCAGCCCUAUCAUGCCGGGCCUCCAGCGCCCGCCGACCGAACUCCACCCCGCUUACAUGCCCAAGUCCCGGACCAGCUUGUACAGCGCGGCGCAUAUGGAUCGGUUUUGA